CCGGGUGGUGGUGGUGGGCGCGGGGCUGGCGGGGCUGGGAGCAGUGCAGCGGCUCCGUGGGGCCGGCUCCGUGCGGCUGCUGGAGGCUGCGGCCCGAGCCGGCGGCCGCGUCUGCACCCGCCCCUUCGCGUCAGGGCUGGCAGAGAUGGGGGCACACUGGAUCCACGGCCCCUCGCCAGGGAACCCCGUCUUCUGCCUCGCCACCCGCUAUGGGCUGCUGGGCCCGGAGGCUGCCCGGGAGGAGAACCAGCGGGCAGAGGCCGGGGGUCACCCCCCGCUGCCCUCCGUCACUUACGGCAGCUCAGGGAGGGUGCUGAGCCCCCAGGCGGUGAGUGAAGCCCGUGACCUCUUUGCCACGCUCCUGGCCUCUGCCCGUGAUUUCCAGGGUGCUGAGGACCCACCGGUGUCCAGUGUGGGACAGUACGUGCGGGCAGAGAUCACCCGCAGGGUGCCUGCCUUGGGGGGGGGCAAGGAGGAUGCCCGGCGGCUCCAGCUGGCCAUCCUCGCCACAUGCCUCAAGCUGGAGUGUUGCAUCAGUGGCACCCACAGCAUGGACCUGGUGGCCCUUGAGCCCUUUGGGGAGUACAUUUCCCUGCCAGGCCUGGACUGCACUUUCCCUGGUGGCUACAGCAGCUUGCCCGAGCGCAUGCUCUCAACACUGCCAGAGGGCACGGUCCUGCUCAACAAGGCAGUGAAGACCAUCCAGUGGCAAGGCUCCUUCCACGAGGAGGGGGAUAAUGCUAGGGAUUUCCCUGUCCGUGUGGAGUGUGAAGAUGGAGACACCUUCCUUGCUGACCACGUCAUUGUCACCGUCCCACUGGGUUUCCUCAAGGAACACCACCAGGACUUCUUCCAGCCUCCCCUGCCCGAGCGGAAAGCAGAGGCCAUUCGCUGCCUGGGUUUUGGCACCAACAAUAAGAUCUUCCUGGAGUUCGAGCAGCCUUUCUGGGAGCCCCAGCAGCAGCUCAUCGAAGUGGUGUGGGAGGAUGAGUCUCCCCUCAAGGAGCCCAGCACCGACCUGGAGGCCAACUGGUUCAGGAAGCUCAUUGGAUUUGUGGUCCUCCAACCACCAGAGCAGCACGGGCACGUCCUCUGUGGAUUCAUCGCAGGGAAGGAGUCGGAGUACAUGGAGACACUGAGUGAUGCAGAGGUCCUCAGCACCAUGACACACGUGCUCCGCACGCUUACAGGGAACCCACUCCUGCCCACUCCCAGGAGCGUGCUCCGGUCCCAGUGGCACAGCAGUCCCUACACCCGGGGAUCCUACAGCUACGUGGCUGUUGGCAGCUCUGGGGAUGACAUUGAUGUCCUGGCUCAGCCCCUGCCCGAGGACCCCGAGGACCCCAGGCCCCUGCAGCUCCUGUUCGCCGGCGAGGCCACGCACCGCACCUUCUACUCCACCACCCACGGGGCGCUGCUGUCCGGCUGGCGAGAGGCCGAGCGCCUCAACCGGCUCCUGGAGACCCCCUCCGGCUCCACGGUGCAUAAAUAAACCCGGUGCUCUGC